AUGGAUUAUUCUACCAAUUUUACAUAUUUGUCACUGGAGGGACAUGUUGAAUUAGAGAAUUACAGAUAUAUUUAUUUUAUAUUUACACUGACUGUAUAUAUAAUGAUGAUCUGUUUUAACACUGUCAUCAUUUUUGUCAUAUUCAAAAAGAAACAUUUUCAUGAGCCCAUGUGCAUUUUCAUCGCUGCUUUGCUUUGUAAUUCUCUCUUUGGAUCGACAGCUCUUUAUCCUAAACUGCUCAUUGAUUUACUGUCUGAAAAACAAACUGUAUCUUAUAAUGUGUGUUUAUUUCAGGCAUUUUGUAUGUACACAUAUGCUGCAUCAGAGUUCACACUGUUAUCAGCGAUGGCCUAUGACAGAUAUGUGUCCAUCUGUAAUCCAUUAUUAUAUGCAAAUGUUGUAAAAAUGUCCACUGUCAGAAAGCUCUUAUUUUUAUCAUGGUUUUUGCCUUGCUGUGAAGUUGGUGUUGCCGUUAUUUUAACAUCCCAACUUCGACUGUGUAAAUUUAAAUUGAACAGAAUAUACUGUGAUAAUUUUUCAAUUGUGAAAUUAAGCUGUAAAGAAACAUCUCUUAAUAACAUAUAUGGACUUUUUAUUUUUGUCAUUGCUCUGUUUCCUCCAGUGAUCUUCAUACUUUACUCUUAUAUCAGGAUACUCACUGUGUGUUUAAAGAAUUCUAAAGAUUUCAGAAGAAAAGCUUUAAAGACAUGUUUACCACAUCUUCUCAUUUUUAUUAUUUUUUCUGUCAGCAUAAGUUUUGAAAGUAUAAAUAGCAGACUAGAAUCAAAACAAAUUCCCCACAUUAUGACCAUGAUCCUGUCACUUGAAUAUGUACUUAUUCCUCCUCUGUUUAAUCCUGUCAUAUAUGGAUUAAAACUGCAGGAGAUUUAUAGUAACAUUAAGAAAUUGAUAAUGAGGAAAAACAUGCAGUCCUGGAAAAUCAAAAGGGGCGUGGGGACGCCACUGGAGGAUGCGACCGUUAGUAAGCUUGAAGAGUUGUUGACUAGUUCUGUGUGCAGUGUGUCAGCUGAUGUGAGCGUUGACAUGUCGGUGAUGGAGACAGAGUAUAAUGAUGGCUAUGGGCCAUUUAUUACAACUGGGUUUAUGUCUAUAGUGGGCAGCCAGCAGAAAGUGCAAAGUCGCAGAAAAGAUGUUAAGUUUAGUGCCAUUUCUGUUCCAGUUUUGCCAUCAUCUUUGCCCCGGGAGGAUCUUGUUGCAGCGCAGCAAGGGGAUGAAGAGUUGGCAGGGGUGUUGAGUGGGGCAUUGCCUGUAGAAGAUGUGAAUUCUUAUACGAGUGGUUAUUUUGUUAUUGAUGGGUUGAAUAAAGAUUGGGAGGAGGGUCUUCCUUGGCUCCUACUAGCUGCUCGUGAUGUUACUCAGGAGAGCAUGGGAUUCAGCCCAAAUGAUUUGGUGUUUGCGCACAAAGUUCGUGGACCUCUUUCUGUGUUAAAAGAGGGAGUGGAGCAGGUGGAGCCCCCUCCCUACUAUGCUCCCGCUUUGAAGACAGACUUUGGUGGUGGGAGUACCAAGGCUGUCGGUUUGGCUGUGGUGAGCGAAGUGGAGGCGGAGUCUCAGGAUGUGGCGGCUCCUGAGGAUGCACUGGCAGAAGAGUUGAUGAAAAUGAGAUGUGGUAAACAGGUCUGA